CAUGGGUUCGGAAACUAAACUAAGUUAUGGCGAUUCAAUUAGGUUCCUUCCAAAUAUGGCUUGUCGCCAUUACAUUAAGCAUGGUGGUUUGCACCACCGGAGCAAACGGGCUCAGCCGCAGUAGUUUUCCGCCAGGUUUCAGUUUUGGGACCGGAAACUCCGCUACAUCGUCGGACGGAGCAGCAUAUGAAGAUGGAAAGGGACCAAGUAUUUGUGAUACUUUUGUUAGGAAAUUCCCAGAGAAAGUUAUGGAUCAUAGCACAGGAGAUGUAGCUGCUGAUUUUUAUCAUCGCUACAAGGACGAUGUACAAUUAUUGAAAGAAAUUGGAUUUGACUCCUUCAAAUUCUCCAUUUCAUGGUCAAGAGUAUUACCUAAGGGGAAGAUAAGUGGAGGAGUGAACCCACUUGGAGUGAAAUUCUACAACGACUUAAUUGAUGAGCUUCUAGCAAAUGGAAUAAAGCCAUUUGUUAUCUUACUAUAUUUUGACACCCCACAAGCACUUGAAGAUGAAUAUGAUGGACUCCUAAGCCCCAACAUAGUGAAAGAUUUUGAGGAUUACGCGGACUUUUGCUUCAAAACAUUUGGUGAUCGUGUCCAACGGUGGAUUACCGUUCACGAUCCAACCGGAUUUAGUUACCACGGCUACUCCGAUGGCACUUUUGCUCCCGGACGAUGUUCUAGCUUUGUUUCCAACUGCCCUACUGGAAACUCGGCCACCGAACCCUACAUUGCUGCCCACCAUCUCCUUCUUUCUCAUGCCGCCGCCGUGAAAUUGUACAGGCAAAAAUACCAGGCUACACAAAAGGGGCAAAUUGGAAUCACAAUUCUCUCUCACUGGUUUUUACCGAAAAAUAAUACAUUAUCGGACAUUGAAGCUGUCUCUAGAGGUCUAGACUACUUUUUUGGAUGGUUUGGGCAUCCAGUUGUUUAUGGUGAUUAUCCCAAAAGUAUAAAAUCAAUAGUAGGAAAUCGACUGCCAAAAUUUACAGAAGCUGAAUCAAAGUUGCUUAAAGGAUCAUUUGAUUUUCUUGGUCUCAAUUACUUCACAACUAAUUACUUGCAAUAUGUUCCUUUGAACACUGUCAACACCAGUUUCAAUUCAGACAGACAAUUCGCCUUCAGCUUUGACAAAAAUGGAGUUCCUAUUGGUACACCAACUUCUAUGAUCUGGCUGUACAACUAUCCAAAGGGGUUCCUGAACCUUCUGCUCUAUAUAAAGAAAAAUUACAAAAAUCCUCCAAUUUACAUCUCUGAGAAUGGAAUGGGAGAUAGUGGUUCAUGGCCAAUUCAACAAGCUCUCAAUGAUACUUUGAGAAUAACAUAUCACCAUGACCAUCUAUCAUACCUUCUAAAAGCAAUUAAGAAUGGUGUGAAUGUGAGAGGUUACCAUACAUGGUCCUUUUUGGAUGAUUUUGCAUAUGAAGCUGGUUAUACAAUUCGUACUGGACUCACUUUUGUUGAUCGCAAGAAUAAUUUAAAAAGAUACCCAAAAGAGUCUGCUUAUUGGUUUACCAACUUCCUUCAUAAAUAAUUAAUACCCGAGCGGCUCGAGCCACUAGUUGAAGUGGUAAAGAUGGUGUGUAAUUGUGUAUCACUUUUGUUGAUCGCGAGAAUAACUUGAAAAGAUACCCAAAAGACUUUGCUUAUUGGGGUUAGUAACUUCCUUCAUAAAUAGACUUCAAAAUCUACAGAUUGAGUAGAAGAUGUAAUAAGGGGAUGAUGAUCUUUUGGCCUGCUAUGCUAAUACUACGUCGUAUUAUUGUUUGUUUAAAAUAA